CAAUAGACCUGGCGGGAAAAUAGCUGACACAGCAGUACUGAAGACAACACAAAUUUAUUUUUUCAGCAAAAAACGCGUUACGGUGAGAGAGCUGUUUAUAAGCUUCCUAUAUUUGAAUGGGGAAAAUGUAUCCUGGAAUCCCGGCAAAGAUAACACCAGCCGGCAGAACGGUAUCCGCUGGCAGCAAUCCUCGCCAAGCCCCCGUCCGCAUAAUCGCGCCCAUAUCAUUGCCUAUCUACGAAUUGCCGGAAUACGUGUGCGUGGAGACCAAGUUGGUGACCAGAAGGUUCGCCAUGGAGAACGAUCUGCCGGUAAAUGGAGUCCAUAAUUCCUUGACGAAUGGUGGGACUCCGGAGGUUCCCGCAAGACCCGUAAUCCAGGAAAAACUCAAUGAAACCACAGGGGAGUUUACGAGCGAAACAUCAGCCCCUAGCCGCGACCGAGCCAUCCAAACGGUGGAGCGGGCCUACAAAGACGUGGGCAUUCAGUGUCGACGGGACUCGGUGGAGUGGAAUCUCCCGGAGGAUCAGCCGAAGAAUAAAGCGGCGGAACCAAAUUCAGCCAGCGAUGAUGCCCGUUUUCUUAACUUUGUCAGUGAGAACACCAGCAUGUUUCCCAACGGAAUGUUGGAGUGCCAGAUCUGCGGGGACAUAGGUAACACCUUGUUGGAACACCAGGCCCACAUGACUGUGCACUUUGGGCCUAGUGCUCUGUGCUUUAGUUGCGGUCAGAAGCUGGACCACGAAAAUCUCAUGAUGCGCCACAAGCUUAGUUGUCCCGCUCUGGCGCCACGGAAGCACUCCAUGCUAUUUAAAUGCCCCCAUCCGCUGUGCAACGCCACGAGUCGCUCGGAGAUGGAGUUGCUCCAGCACAUGACGUAUCACAACGGAAGAAAAUGCUAUAGAUGUCUCCAGUGCAGACAAUUUUUUAAGUCAAUCACCUCCUUUAUAAUCCACCGUAAGCAGGAGCAGAAAUGUUCAAAGGCCAAAGUGCUCACGCUCUUCGGACAACAUAACGGCUUACCCAAGAGCAGAUCAAACCCGAGCCGUUGCUCAGUUUGUUUAAAGCGUUUUAGCAGCGAGAGGGUAUGCCUGCGGCACCGGAGGAAGUGCAUCCUUGCCUAUCUUCAACACUCAGCCAAGACCCUUUUUAAGAAAUAGCUUAUACAAAUUGGUAUUUAUUAGUAUUUAAUAAAGAUCGAUAACAAUAAACCAAGUAGGUCCUACGACGCCUGCACGCCGUGGGCCUUUUUCAAUCCCUGGAA